CGAGCAUCUUGGACUGCCCAAAGCGGAUGUGAUAAGUCCAGUGUAUAAAGAGCAAUUGAACCUGAGCAACAUAAUCUCUAUCUUACCAGAGAUUCAUUAUCUCUUCUCCUCCGUCCCAAGUAGAGCCGUCGCCCAAUCAAUUCACCUGCCCCGCCUAUCAUGUCUCUCCCAUCCACCCCUCUCUCCAUCACACCGUCCACCGAGGAAAUCAGAAAUGGCACUCUCACGCAGAAGAACCUUGAGAUCGCCAUCCGCGCCCUCUCCCGCGACGGCCUCGUCGUGAUAGAUAACCUGGUCCCACAUGACAUCCUGGACAAACUUAACCAAAAAAUGGUGCAAGACGCCUACGAGCUGCAAUCUCGCAAAGACAGUCCCUUCAACUACCAUAAGGGCAACAUCCAGCAAGACCCACCGCUCGUCAAAGACUUCUUCUUUCCGGAGGUGUUCACCAACCCCAUCGUCACCCAAAUCACCUCCACAGCCCUCGGUCCUUACCCCCACCUCCGCUUCAUAUCCGGCAACACCGCCCUUCCGCCGUCGCCCUCCGCCCCACCAGCCUCCCAACCCACCCACAACGACGCCGACUUCGACCACCCCCGCAUCCCCUUCGCCCUCGUCAUCAACGUCCCGCUGAUCUCCAUGGAGGCCCACAAUGGCUCCACGGAAGUCUGGCUCGGCACGCACGCCUCCACCACCAUCGCGGACCAGCAAGGCGCACACGGCGAGCGCGCCAGCGGGAAGAUCAAGAAGGACCUGCUUGAAGCGAGGCGGGGCGUGAGGGCGCCGUGCCAGCCGGACGUCAGCAAGGGCAGCGUGAUUGUGAGGGAUUUGAGGCUGUGGCAUGGGGGGAUGCCGAAUCUGAGCGACGUGCCGCGCGUCAUGCUUGCCAUGAUCCACUUCGCGCCGUGGUACCGCAAUCAGAUGACUGUUGAGUUCGCCGAGGACCUGAGGGAGGAAUUGACGCCUGAAAGGACGGGGUUGUAUGUUGCGGCGGAGUACGUGACGGGUGAGGAGGUGGAGAAGAGCUAUUUGAAUCGGCCGUAUGGGAAUGCGUAUGAUUUUGAUCAGGUUGAUAAGGUGCUGGAUAUUUCCCCUGCGGCUUGAGAUACUACAGGCGGGUGCAUGAGGUGAGCGAGGUAGUGUUCACACGCUGGGUACCACGUGGUUCUGUUUCACAUUUCUUAGCAUGUGCAGUCUUCACUCGGUGCCUCGUCACAGGUGAGGAUAUGCAAUAUCAAUGUGUCAAUCGUAAAUAAUGUACACCCUCUGUCGGCC